GUAAAAUUUUAAUAUUCCAUGCAGAAAGGCCUUCAGUCAGUGACUGAAGUCCUUUUUGCCUAGAAUAUUAAAACAUCUGUUUUGAUUGCAUUGUUGGUCAUUAGUUGUAUGUCUCGCUCGAUUGGUAGACCUGCUUUGUUUUAGUUAGGUUUUCAUUUUGAGGUUAUGUGUUGCUUAACUGUUAUUACACUGAUCUGAAAAUCACUUAAUUAUUAAAGUUUAUAGAUAAUAGGUAUUCAAUAUGGUUAGUGAGACGGAUUCCGAGAGUGACCAAGAAAAUGAAGUAGUAGUUGGGAGGAAACGUGUAAAAAGAGAAUCAGAAUGGAAAAGAAAUACUAAGAGAGUGUCAAGGUGCAAGGGAUUGGAGUAUGAAGAUUAUAAAGGGAGGAUAGUUCCAGCUAAAACAACAGGGCCUCCAUGCAACUGCAAGAGAUUUAAAUGCUUUGAUGGAUUGACUGAACUUGACCAAAUCAACAUAUUGCAACGCCUUCUUGACCUUCCAUCAAAAAAUGAUCAGGACCUGUACAUCCAGAACUUGAUUGAAAUUCAUGACGUCAAGAAAAGACGUCCAAGGAAAGGAGAAGACGCACGCAAUGUUGACAAAAUGUAUACAUACUUUCUCCUGGUUGGUAACCAAAGGACGCAGGUAUGUUACAAAGCUUUUUUGUCUCUGUUAUCAAUAAGCGACAAACGAGUUAAACGGUUGAGAGCCCUUGCCAAGGAAGGAAAAAACCCUAUUGAUAAAAGAGGAAAAGUCUCAGAGCGCAAACACUUUGAGUAUUGA